GCCCUCCUGCGGGCUGCACAGCCUGCGUGGAGUUCACGGAAGGUCGGGACGGCCUCUCCAGGUGGAGCCUUUGCUGUCGCCAGCUCCGAGCUGUGGGUGGUUCCAACCAGAGCCCGGCACGGUGGUUCCUAGGGAGGAAGGGGUUAAACGCCCGCACACUCGUAGUUCUGGGCAGAAGCUCCUCCCUGUGACAUCCUGCUGCUCAUUCCAGAGCAAAGCGCGGCGCUCCCGGGUGCAGCGCCGGGGAGUUUGGCACGCCGGGCUGUGGAGGAGGGACAGCCACACGGGUGUCACACCACGAAACCCUCUUGACACGGUCUGUGUGGCAGCCGCCGUCCCCACACGUGUCUGCACCAGCGUGCCGAGCUCCCACUGCUCCCAGCAUCCCAACAGGCUUGGCUCCCCUGUGUCCCCGAGGGACCGUCCCAGUCAGCUGAGACGGUGGGAAAGGGGAUCUGGGCCACGGAUGUCCAAAGCCACAAGGCGGAGUUUCCACGUGCAAAUAGGAGCCUCUGCUGAGGCACCUCUCAGGCUCCCAUCACAGACUUUGCUGAAGGAAGAACUCUGAGACUCUUCCUGGCACUGCUUAUGUGUCUGUAACCAAGCGAACGUGACUUCCUCCGUAAAGGGCUUCGAGUUCUGUGGCUGCAAAGUGGAAUGUUCUAAGUGAUCAUCGAGGACUGUGGACCACAGUUAAUUUUUGUCUCGGGUGAAUGUGGCUGUUUCCUGACAUCCUGAAGCCAAGGUCAAGCUGCAGUCUGACAUGGCCUGGGCUGAGAACGUGGCAGGGACACCAGCUGUGGGUGUUGGUUAUGGCUGUGGUUUACCAAGCGCUGCACAGGAGAGUUUCCUCCCUUGUCUGCAGGUUACACUCCACCUAUGUGAGAAAAAUGAGAUACUUAAAUCAGUUAAAGGAAGAUGACAGCCUUUGCAGGCAAGCCCAGGCCUCAGGAGCUUUCUACCUCUUUCACAAUCUCUCCCCCUUCCUGCAGAAAGUUGGGAAGAAAUAUUUGGUACCACAGCUCAGUGCAGCAGAGAUGAAACGGAUUCUGGAGAAGCUCCCAGAGGCUGAACAGUGGCUAGAGAAGUCGGUGCUGAUCGGUUGUUCGGACGAGCACAGACCGCACUUCGCGCUGGAUUUAGGAGCCUUGGAUAAGUCAGCCAUUGAGUCAGAACUCCAGGGAUCGUUCACUGACCUACGAAAGGCUCUCUUUGUAGUGGAUGGGAAGGAUUCUCCUUUGCUGGCUUCGGCCCAGUCCCUUCUCCGGUGGCAUGAUUCCCACCAGUACUGCAGCAAAACUGGGCAGCCCACUCAGAAGAACCCAGCUGGCAGCAAGCGUGUCUGCCACGCCAGUGGAGUCACUUACUACCCACAGAUGUCUCCAGUGGUCAUCACCCUGGUGUCCGACAGGAGCCGGUGCCUCCUCGCCCGACAGCCCUCGUUUCCCCAAGGGAUGUUCACGGCUCUGUCAGGCUUCUGUGACAUGGGUGAGAACGUGGAGGAGACAGUGCGGCGAGAGGUGGCCGAAGAGGUGGGGCUGGAGGUGGAGUCGCUCCGCUACUCGGCUUCCCAGCACUGGCCCUUCCCCAGCAGCUGCUUAAUGAUCGCCUGCCACGCCCUGGUGGGAGCGCAGCGGACUGAGAUCAGUAUGGACACCCUGGAACUGGAGGAAGCCCGUUGGUUUGGCCUGGAAGAAAUUGUGGAGGGUCUCAAGAGAGAGCCCAGAUCUUCAAAGCAAGAUGAUGGUAGUUUUUUACCCUGGUUCCCUCCCAAACAGGCCAUUGCUCACCAGCUGAUCCGUGAGUGGGUUCAGCAGCAGAGUGCCCAGACAGCUUAAGGCAGGGCUUCGAGUCUGUGAUUCCACCAGAACUGUGAAAGCUCAACAGAAAAGCUUCCAGAGUCCCUGGAGGCAAGGGCUGUGUUACAGUGAGGACAGCACCACGCUGCUGGCACUCCUGCACUCAGGCACACCAACCUGCAAAGCCGUCUCUGAACUGAUCUGACAGUCCCAAGUACAGUGGAUCACCUCUGAGAUCCCAUGACUUGCAGUAAAUGUACAAUAAAAUUCUUAGAUCCAAAGCA